AAGGAAGCUAUUGGGGACCUCAGCAUCUCCAAUGCCCAGCUGAAGCACGCGGGGCGGUACACGUGCACAGCCCAGACUGUUGUGGACAGUGCUUCAGAGUCAGCCACCCUGACUAUCAGAGGACCUCCAGGCCCCCCCGGGGGUGUGGUGGUGAGAGACAUCAGUGACACCACUGUCCAACUGAGCUGGAGCAGGGGCUUUGAUAACCACAGCCCCAUUGCCAGGUACCUCAUCGAGGCUCGGACCCUCCUCUCCAGCAAGUGGAAGCAAAUGCGCACCAAUCCUGUAAACAUUGAAGGCAACGCAGAGACAGCCCAGGUGGUGAACCUCAUUCCUUGGAUGGAUUACGAGUUUCGCGUCUUAGCCAGUAACAUCCUGGGAGUUGGGGAGCCCAGUUUACCCUCCAGCAAAAUCCGCACCAAGGAAGCAGCACCUACUGUGGCACCAUCUGGGCUCAGCGGAGGCGGAGGGGCUCCCAACGAGCUGAUCAUCAACUGGACGCCCAUGCUGCGGGACUACCAGAACGGGGAUGGCUUUGGCUACAUCUUGUCCUUCCGCAAGAAGGGCACGGAGGGCUGGCUGGCAGCGCGGGUGCCCCGCGCCGAGUCGCUGCACUACGUCUACCACAACGAGAGCAUUGGGCCCUACACCCCCUUCGAGGUGAAGAUCAGAGCUUACAACAGGAAAGGAGAGGGACCCGAGAGCCUGACUGCCAUCGUGUACUCUGCAGAGGAAGAACCCAAAGUGGCUCCUUUCAGAGUCCUGGCCAAGGCUGUUCUGUCCUCAGAAAUGGAUGUGUCCUGGGAGCCUGUUGAGCAGGGAGACAUGACUGGAGUGCUUUUGGGGUAUGAGAUCCGGUACUGGAAGGAUGGUGACAAAGAGGAGGCAGCUGACAGGGUGAGGACAGCAGGGCUGGUCACAUCAGCUCAUGUCACAGGCCUCAACCCCAACACGAAGUACCACGUGUCAGUCAGGGCUUAUAACCGGGCUGGGACUGGCCCCCCCAGCCACUCCACCAACAUCACGACAACGAAGCCACCACCAAAGAGGCCACCUGGCAACAUCUCCUGGACCUUUUCGGGGUCCACAGUCAGCAUCAAGUGGGACCCAGUGGUGGCAAAGGCAGAUGAGUCUGCAGUGACAGGGUACAAGAUGCUGUACAGGCAGGAUUCCCACUCUGCUCCCACACUCUACCUGGCCAGCAAGAGCCGAAUCGACAUCCCCAUCCCUGAAGACUUCACUCAUGCCUUGGUACAGAUCAGGGUGACAGGCCCUGGGGGGGAUGGGGUCCCAGCAGAGGUUCACAUCCUCCGAAACAGUGGGACCAGUAUGAUGGUGGAAGACUCUGUGACGAGGCCAGUGCCACAUGCUGUCAUCAUCACAACUAACUCUCUGGUCAUGGUAGCCCUGAUCAGCUACCUGGAGCUCUGA